UAACUGGUUCGGCAAGAAGAAGUUUAAACGUAUCUGUCUGUAUGCUAUUGUUUUAGAGCAGCGCAGAUUACAUUUACACGUCGAGAAAAAUAACACUUUUAAACGAAGAAAGCGAAAUGAGGAUGUCACGCACCACGAUACUCGUGUACUAUAUCGCCUUGUGGAUUUCUGUUGCUCUUUCGAAUGCUGUUCCUGAAUAUCUAGAUGGAUCAGGAGGAGAUGAUGAUGAAGAUUUCUCUGGUUCUGGGGAUGGAGAUAGGUCACCAGAUGUUACCAUGUCUCCCUCAUCCUCGGGUGCAACAGAGCAAACUUCCACAAUUGUGAAGGAAGAGGUAAUAAGCCCUGUAACGGCAACCUCUCCUGAAAUGGCUGAGAAAACUACCUCGGAGAAACAAGAAACCACAGAAGGUGCAGUACACGUUCUUGUGGCUGAUGCAACGACCUCUGUGCCAGUCAGUACUGUAGAGGCAUCGCCCGACCCAACCACUACAGGAGUUGCUUUGCCUGGCAUUGUCAGUGACAAGGAACUUUCAUCCACAGCUAUCAGCUCAACUCUGCCAUCUUUGGUUGAUGUUAGUAAAACUGUGCCGUUAACCUCUGCCAGCAUUAUAGACUCUGAUGCUAAGCCUGAGAGCACAGCAGACUACACCACAUCUGUCAGUAUAACGCUGUCUUUAUCUUCAUCCACCUCCGCUAGUGUCAACGUUGUAGAUGCGGAUGCUAAACCUGACGAUACUGCAGGCCCCGCCACCAGUGUAGGUACAACAUCAGCUUCAACUACCAGUGCUGGUAUUGUAGAUUUUGAUGCCAAGCCAGAGAGUACUGCAGCUUCCAAUAUCAGUGAUGGCAUUGCAGGACCUAACAAAGGCAGGAAAUUGCCUGUGGACACUGAAGACUUGGCAGCAGAGACUUCUCUGGAUGAUAUUUACUUGGAAGUCGCCACGUUCUCCGAAACUGAAAACAAAGUCCAAGCUGAAGUACCACAGAUCACCCAGUCAAAUAACCACCAAGAAGCACCAAAAUUAGGGGACAAUGCUAUGAGCCAAGGACUUCUGGAAAGGAAAGAGGUUCUAGGAGGUGUCAUUGCUGGUGGAAUAAUUGGGCUUGCAUUUGCUGUGUUGCUGGUGGUUCUGAUGGUUUACAGAAUGAAGAAAAAGGAUGAGGGAAGUUAUGCUCUGGAUGACCAGAAGCAUGCUAAUGGAGGUUACCAGAAGCCACAGAAACAAGAGGAGUUCCUGGCAUAAAAUUCCUUGCAGGACAAUUAGUUUGGUUUAUUUGCUUGCUCGUUC